AUUUUAUAUUUACUACCCGUGAGUAGUAUACUAUGCGAAACGGGUUCGGACGCUUGGCUACGCUACCCACCGGUGCCAACAACUCACCGACAUCUUUACGCCAACUUACCGGACACUGCGGUCACUCUCACUGAUAGCCCAGUCAUCACAUCCAGCGUACAGGAGCUGACCACUGGCCUCAAGGGUCUACUGGACAUAGACCUCCAGCGCCGGACAUCCGUACCCACAGACCAGACAUCUAUAAUAAUAGCGCCGAUCGAUGCUCUCAAGGGUGUGGUAGAGGACAGGGAUCUGCCCCGAGGGCUGACCACCGCCGACGGCUAUCACAUCGGAUACGCCACUGUCAACAACACGCGACACGUGUUGAUUACCGGGCGAUCGGCGGCCGGUGCUCUAUACGGCACAUUCGCGUUGCUCCGACACAUAACUCUGUAUAAGCCUAUUGAGCAGCCGGUGUUGAACGAGACCAGCAAUCCGUACCAACCCGUCCGGUACGCCAACCAAUGGGACAACUUGUCGGGCAGUAUAGAGCGCGGAUACGGCGGUAAAUCCAUUUACUUUGCCAAUGACAACGUGGUCGACGACCUGAGCCGCGCCGAGCGAUACGCCCGACUGUUGGCCUCCGUGGGUGUCAACGGCUGUGCCGUCAAUAACGUCAACGUAAACGUGCGGAUAAUAAAGUCCGACUUUUUGCCACAACUUCAACACCUGUCCCGUGUGUUCAGCAAAUGGGCGGUACGGGUGCUGUUGUCCGUCGAUUUUGCCAGCCCUGAGUCUGUGGGCGGUCUCAAGACGUACGACCCGUUGGACAGUCGUGUGAUUGAGUUUUGGCAAAAUAAAACCGACGAGAUUUACCGUUAUGUUCCCGAUUUGGCCGGUUAUGUGCUGAAGGCCGACGCCGAGGGCCGGCCCGGACCCUCCAAAUAUAACAGGACAGCGGCACAGGCGGGCAACGCGUUGGGUCGGGCACUGGCACCGCACGGGGGGCUACUCUUCUACCGGGGCUUUGUCUACGGCUAUCCCAUCGACUGGAAGAACCUGACGGCCGACCGGGCGGUGGCCGCGUAUCGCAACUUCGCCGCACUGGACGGCAAGUUUGACGACAACGUCAUCGUUCAGAUCAAAUACGGACCGCUGGACUUUCACGUCCGCGAGGCUAUCAGUCCCCUAUUGGGUGCUCUCCGGCGCACAAACGUGGCCCUAGAGGUAGAGGUGACGCAAGAGUAUACCGGCCAACAGCGCCAUACGGUAUGGUUGGCCGCGAUGUGGAAAUGGGUGCUCGACUUUGACCUCCGUCCGGACGGCCAGUCGGCACCUGUCAAGCGGUUAGUGUCCGGCCGGCACUUUGACCGACCGGUGGGCGGACUCGUCGGUGUAGUCAACGUUGGCCGCGAUGUCAAUUGGAUGGGCAAUCAUAUGGCGAUGGCUAACGUGUGGGCGUUGGGCCGACUGGCGUGGAAUCCGGACGAGUCGUUGCACUCCAUGGCCGAUGUCUGGACGCGCCUGACGUUUGGCCACAACCAGCGAGUGGUGGACACUGUUGUCGGUAUACAGACCCAGUCGUACGGGGCGUAUGAGAACUAUACGGGACCGUUAGGUGCGGGCAGUUUUACCGAUGUGCCCGACAGUAAGUACGGGCCCAACAUCAUGAGCACUGAGGGCAGUCACGCCGGUUGGGGUCAGUUUCAUAGGGCCGACCAUCAGGGUAUUGGUGUCGAUCGGACAGUGGCCGGCCUUCAGGGCAAAUACGGCUCGGGUUUUAUCGGCGAAUAUAGCGCUGAUUUGCAGCCCAUGUAUGAGUCGGUGGAUAGUUGUCCCGAUAAUCUGCUCCUGUUUAUGCAUCACGUGAACUACACUCAUGUCCUACACUCAGGCAAAACAGUAAUACAGCACAUAUACGACAGCCAUUACUCCGGCGCCCAAACGGCGCAACAAUUUUACCGCAAUUGGCUGUCAUUGAAAGGACUGGUAGACGAGCGCCGGUACGAAGAGAUCGCACGACAACUACACUACCAGAGCGGCCACUCUGUGGUCUGGAGGGACGCCAUAUGUCAGUGGUUUAGCAAAACGUCGGGCAUAGAUGACAACCAGCAUCGGGUCGGCCACUACUCGGGCCGUAUUGAGGCCGAGACCAUGCGUUUGACGGGUUAUGUGAAUAUAACGGUCAACCCCUGGGAGACAGCGUCGGGUGCGCUGGCGGUUGAGUGUAAGGCCAGUGGGUGUAGGGCUCAGACCGAGUGGACAGGUGUUGCCGGUGUGUAUGAUAUAGCCGUACAGUAUUACGACGAAAAUGAUGGUCAAUCAGCUUUCAAGCUAUACGUGGGUCAGCGGGUUGUGAGUGAAUGGGUGGCCAACACUAGUCUACCCAACGGUAGACCCUGUGGUGACACCAGUACUCGGUUUACAGCACCGGGAGUUGAGCUGAAAGCCGGUGAUGUGGUGGCCGUCGAGACGGUUCCCAACGGCAAAGAAAACGCUGUUUUAGAUUAUAUCGAGAUUUUAAGACCAAAUUAA